AUGGGAAAGAGAAGGUGGCAAAGGAAGUAAUUGAAGAAAUAGAUGAAGAAAAGAAGUUGGUUAAAUUUAAAGUGAUUGGAGGAGAUAUAUUGGAGGCUUAUAAUUCAUUUUAUCUCACUGUUCAUGUUGAAACAAAAGGUGAAGAUAACUUAGUCACUUGGAUCUUGGAAUAUGAAAAGAAGAAUUGUAAUGUGCCAGAUCCACACACUUUAAUGGAAUUCUGCCUCAAUGUCACAAAAGAUAUUGAGACUCAUCAUCUCAAUUGAUACAUAAAUAUCACUAUGUUCAUACAUAAAUGUUGCUCGAACUUUUAAAAAAUAUAUCGAUAAUUAUAAUAUUAUCCUAUGUAUUGACGAUAUUUCUAAAGAGUAUGAGCAAUAUGGGGGUGAAUGCUUGGAACUAAGAUGUGGUGUCUCAAGUCUUUUAAUAAUGUGUGGUGUUAUUAAUGAGUGUGCUUUGAAAUGUAAACUAUAUGUAUCAAGAAUAAAAUAAAAUAGGGCAAAAUGAGUGACUAUGUAAUUUCUAAUAUAUAAUAUUUUGUUUGAGAUUGAAAAAUAGCUUGUAUUUUUUAA